GUGCCUCACCACCGCCCGCCUGGCUGGUCUAGGAUUCUUACUCCCAACUUUCCUUUUCCACCCCAGGGUCUUGCGGCACCUACUUCCGCUGUCGGAACAGCAGGUGUGUGCCUCGGAGCCUGCUGUGUGAUGAUUGGGACAUGGACAACUGUGGUGACGGCAGUGACCAGGACUCCCAACCUCCCGCCAGCUGCAGAGGUCCCUCUCUGGUACCCAAGCAGACCCCGAGAAUGGAAGGUGACAGUUCUAGGCUUCUGACUCUCCUCUCAGCUCUCGGCUCUGCAGCGGAGAGGACCUCUCCAGCAAGCCUGACACCUGUCACGCAAGAAGUGCUGGAAGGUGCCUGGAUCUGGUGGGUGGCUCUGGCCUCCUCGAUACUCUUGGCUUCCACUGGCCUCUGGUGGUGCUGCCGCAGCCCAGGCUGCCUGGUAUGGCACCCAGGUGCCCAUAGGCUCUGCCUCAGAUGCUGCACAGCUUACAACAUCUGCCACCUAUGUCCUGGCCGGGUGGCUCCUGGGGAUCUGUGGCUGUCCUGGCCAGCUUUCCGGAACCAGGGAGGCCAUCCUUUAGGGGCUGCAAUUAUCAGCUGAGUAGGCUCUGGGGUCUGAAAGGUCUGAGCUUUAAUCUCUGUUGAAUGACUGACUUGGAACAUGUCACUCAGUUCUUUGAGUCUCAGUCUGCCUCUCUGGGAAAUGGGCCAAGUCUUGUUUCCCAAAUGGGGUAAAGCCUGCAGAAAGCAGAAUAACCAGGCACACUUUGCCCACAGUUAUUCCUUAUGGUCCAGCACAGUAGCCUUCAGGCUGGGCCUCUCUCUGAGCGAAUUCACUCUAGAAAACAGCAGCUGGCUGCAUCUGAAGUACAAACACUAAGCCAGACUGUCUCCAAACAGAUACUGCAGCAUGGACGGUGAGGCCCAGGCUGGGAAAUAACAGACUAAAUAUCACCACCUAUGACCAUGUCAGGUUAAAUCAGAACGUACUGACACAGGGGGUCCAUCCAGGUCUGGGGAUGUAGCCCCAUACAAUACUUGCGUAGUAUGUACACAGCCCUGGGUUCCAUCCCCACCAACACCUCAUAAAACUGGGAAUGGCAGAAUGUACCAGUUGUCCCAGUAUGCAGCAGGUAGAGGCAGGAACACUGGUGUUCAAGGUCAUCCUUGGCUACAUACCAAGUGCAAAGUCAGCGUGAGCUACAUGAGACUCUAACAACAAAUGCCCCAAACAACCAUACAAACAGAAAAUAACAAAAACAAACAACAAACAAAUAAAUAUAAAUAAGGGCAUUGGAGAGAUGAUAGCUCAGUGGUUAAGAAUACUUGUUUAGGUACUGGAGUGAUGGUUUGUGGUUAAGAGCACUGACUGCUCUUUCAGAGGUCCUGAGUUCAGUUCCCAGCAACCACAUGGUGGCUCACAACCAUCUCUAGUGGAAUCUGAUGCCCUCUUCCCGCAUAAAUGCAUACAUAAUAUAAAUAAAGCUCCAAAAAAAAAAAGAAAGAAAGAAUACUUGUUGAGGAUCUGCAUUCUAUUCCUGUCACCCACUUGGUAGCUCACAACCAUCUGUAACCUCAGGCCCAGGGAAUCUGACACCCUCUUUUGUCCUCUUUGGGACUGGUACCAGGCAUUCAUGGGGUAUACAUAUAGAAAUGCAGACAAAAUAACUCAUACAAAUAAAAUGAGUAAAUCCCCCCAAUCAUUUAUUUAUUUAUUGUUUUUUUUGAGACAGGGUUUCUCUGUGUAAUAGCUCUAGCUGUCCUGGAACUCACUUUGUAGACCAUGUUGGCCUUGAACUCACAGAGAUCCUCCUGCCUCUGCCUCCAAAGAGCUGGGAUAAAAAGCAUACACCACUACCAACUGGCCUAAAAACUUUUUUUUAUUAAAAUGAGCCCAUCAAAACUGUAUCAGAAAAACCGAGUUAGGUGUCAGUGGAUCACACCUGUAUUCCCAGCACUUGAGAUGUUGAGGUGAGAGGGUUGCCCUGACUUUACCAGCCUGGGCUACAGAGUAAGACCUCGUCCUAAAAAUACAAAAACUGGGGCUAGAGCCUAGCAUGGUGACAUUCAGCACUCAGGAGGCAGAGGAAGGCAGAUCUCUUUGAGUUUGAGGGCAGCUUGGAUUACAUAUUGAGUCCCAGGACAGUCAGGGCUACACAAAGAAACCCUGUCUCAAA